AUGGCCGAGCAAAACCAGCAACAUCAGCAGAAGGGCUUCUUCGGCACCGCAACCAGCGGCCUCGGCAACACGCUCGGCGCUGCAACCAACACGCUCGGCAAGGGCGUCGGAGCCGUCACGGACGCGACGGGCAACGUUGUCAGUACGGCAGGGAAGGGCGUCGGCGACACCGUCACGGGGCUCACGCAGGGUCUUGGAGACACCACCAAAGCUGGAGGUAAUUUCGUCAAGGAUACGUCGAAGAGUGGGACGGAUAGUCUUGGCUUGACGGAGGCGGAGAAGAAGAAGGAGCAGCUUAGGCAAUAG